GCCCCGCCCGGGGCGCUGCCUUAUUGGGGCACGUGUCCGAGGGAGGAAAAUGAAGGGGAACCGCUCAGCCCUGUCACUGCCACGACCUGGGCCAGCGAAGCCCCCACUCUACCUCAGAGCAUGGGGUGGGGAGCGGGCUCUGCCGGGCGGUGCUGCCGGCUGCUCAGGCUGCUCCUGUGUCUCAGCGGCGCGCUCCAGCCUGCAGAAACUCUUCAAGUGUUGAUGGGCAGCACCCCACUGAUCGUGUCACUGAAUGAUAACAUCUCCAUACCAUGCAAGAUCUCUGGGUACAAUACAGCAGAACUGGAUAGCAAGAACGUGGGAGUUACCUGGUAUCUUAAGACUCCGAGGACAGACCAAGAAGAAAAAGUAUUCACAUUUCAUGCUGGAGCACAUAUUUCCCAUAGAAAUGGGGCCAGUAUGUCUGACAGUGACCUGAGAAGAGGAAAUGCUGCACUCUCUCUACUACAGAUACAGUUUAAGGAAGCAGGAAUAUAUAGGUGCUAUGUUAUUGUCGCACCUUCUGAUGCUCAUGGAACAGCUGUUUUAGAGGUAGUUGCUCAACCGGAAGUCAGCCUGUCUCCAAAGGAAGUUACAAUAGAAAGUGACAAGGAGAAGACCCUGUCGUGUGAAGUCAAUAAGUUCUAUCCAAAUUUGGUUGACAUUAAGUGGAUGAAGAUUUCAAAGAAUAACCAGGACAGUAGCGUAGCAGCAGAGGAUAUCCACACAGGAGCCUCUGUAGAAAAUGAAGAUGGCACAUUUAAUGUCACUAGCAUACUAAGGCUGCAACCGUCUUUGCAAGAUAAUGGAAAUGUCUAUAGAUGUAUUGUGAGUCACAAAACAUUUCCUGCCAAGUUACUUCUCAAUAGCACCUUGACUGUCACAGCCCCCAAGUCACAUUUGAACACUAUAAUUGGAGCAGUCAUUGGAACAAUACUAGCCUGUAUUAUUGUGCUCGGUUUGGGUACUUUCGUGUACCGUAGGUGUUUGAAGAAAAUUCCACCUGUGACGUGACACUCCAUAUUCGUUAUAGAAAUAUGCCUACAAUAUGAAUAUGGCAUAACUAAAAUAUAUUUUAUGCAAGAUGACUCAUGUAAGAUAUAAUUGGAAAGGUUAUGAUUUACUGAAUGUGAUUAUCCAAUCUGUAUGCAUGUAUCAUUUCUGUAUCUGGAGUUAGGAAUAUUGACUAUGUAACAAUUACAACCAUGGUUAUACUUGGAGAUGCCCACCACAGAGUAAGCAAUCAGCCUUGAUGGACCGUUAGGAAAAGACAAUGAGUCUUUAAAGAUGUGGAUCUCCUAUCUUCUGGGAGUUCCUUCCUAUGGACAUUGCAAAUAAACCUGGUUUCAUAGUUGCUUUGACACUGCUAGGUCACUGGACAAUGUCACCUGGUACAAAGUACCACCUUGGACACUGCUGGUACUUUUCCACUGGAGACAAAGGCUUCCCGCCUUAUGUAAAUUCUAUUUAAGGCUGGGGAGUAAGACAAAGAGGACUCUUCUCCAUUGCCUUCCUGCCCAAGAAGAAAGACUGCUGAAAGUACCUGAAGAGACAAAGGAACUGAGCUGAAGGCAAGGCAAGGGCUGAGUCCAGGCUGAGACAAGGGGUCCAGUCUUUAAAUAGAAAUAACUGGAACUCUAAGCUACAGAAACUCUGCAACUUGCCUAAAAUAACAUUUAGGGUGAGAAAUUACAUUUUGUAACCCAUGUCUUGAGUGUAUUAAGCUUAGUUUGAGUGUUUGAUU